AUGGACGAGCUCAUUUCGUUGUUUUGUGGGUGUUUUCCUGGCAUAAGCAAGACGCCCAUAUUGAAGAUCAACAAUGCCAAAUUCAAGAUCUUGAAACUUCUUGGGGAAGGAGGGUUUUCCUAUGUGUACUUGGUGGAGGCCUCAAAUGGAGGAAAGUACGCGUUGAAAAAGAUAAGAUGUCCCUAUGGAUCCACCGAGACAGUGAAGAGUGCCAUAAACGAGAUCAAUAACUACAACGAGUUCCAUUCGCCAUACAUCAUCAGGUCAAUUGACUCCAGUAUAAUUGAGGAAAAAGAUGGGUCGAAGACUAUUUAUAUCUUGCUACCGUUUUUCGAGAAGGGAUCGUUGCAGGAUCUAAUAGUCGAUCUAGUUAUCAACAACCAGAAAGUGAAAGAAAUAGAUGCAAUCCGAACCUUCAUUGGGAUUGCAAGGGGAUUACAAGCCAUGCACAGACACAGCAAUAACGUGAAUGUCAAUAAGAACAAGAAGAUAAACUACAGGGAUAUAAUUAAAUCUACUACAGGAGGAAUUUCUUUAGAAACAUUGGAGAUUAACAAUUCCGAUGCGUUUAUUAAUAGUGGUAAUGACGAUGGCAAUGAUAACGAUAAUGAUUAUAUGCCAUAUUCUCAUAGAGAUCUUAAGCCAGCCAAUGUUAUGAUAUCAAAAGAUGGAAUACCAGUAUUAUGUGAUUUAGGAUCUUGCUCAAAAGCACGGAUUCAUAUCAAAAACCGAAAUGAAGCAAUGAAGUUACAAGAUUUAGCAGCAGAGGUUUGUACAUUACCAUACCGAGCACCAGAGUUAUUAGACGUUAGUAGUAAUUGUUUUAUCACAGAGAAAACCGAUAUUUGGUCAUUGGGAUGUUUAUUAUUUGCUAUACUAUUCGGAACAUCGCCGUUUGAAAAGGAGGAAGCUGAAAGUGGAGCCAGCAUGAGUUUAGCUAUAAGUUCGGGAAGUUAUUCAAUACCAAACAACAACAGCUAUUCUAAGGAUAUUAUUGAAUUGAUCAAAUCAUGUUUAAAUGUUGAAGCAACAUCAAGACCAGAUAUUGAAGAAGUACUAUCAAAAUCAUUGGAGAUUCAAACGAAAUUGGAACAACAACGACUCUAA